GCCAGAUUCAAACCGAAAAAAUCACACUCACUUUUAUUUUUUGGCCGAGUAACAUAUACUGAAGCAAAUAAGAAAACAAGUAAUAAAACACAAUGAGCGACGAACAAAUUCCGAAUUUUCAGCCUUUGGUGUCCGAGGAAAAUGAUGAAAACUCUGGAAAUAUGACUGUAGAUCGACCAAUGUCACCACCACCGGAAGAAAUUGUGGAGGCUAUAGAAGUGGUUGAAGACUCGCCUUCAUUACCCGAACCAGAAGCUCCGAUAUCCGCGCCUCGAAGGAGCGCGAGAAUCGCUAAUCGUAAUACAACUCGUAAGGAGCUUCAAGACAGCUCAAGCUCAAGCGAACCGAAGACAAAUUCCAGAAAACCCAAAAACAGGAAAGGUGCAGAAACCGAGAUGGGCUCGAUCUGGUAAAUCAAUUAAUUGUGAUUACCUGUUGCAUAUGCGGAAGUUCUCUCAACAGUUUCCCGGUUCGCACAAAAUACUAUACUUGCGCCGAGGUCGAUGGCUCUCAAAAAAGAAUAGUUCCCGAAAAGCUUAACCCUUAUAAAUGUUACAAGAACUAAAUUUACCAAAGGUCGACCUUCGCCAAAAAAGGAGUUGAGUGUUAAAAUAAUUUUGAAAGCAAGGUGUCGAAGAUGGUCUGAAGAAAAUUGUAUGACGCAAUUCAGGGAAAAAAACACAAAAUGACUUGCUACCUAUUACGGAACAUGUUUAAAACCAG